CAUGCAGAGAACAACAGGUUUAAAUCCUGUCUGAGUACGGCUACAAAGCUUGUGGUUGUUGAUAGCAAGGGUCUGAAUUAUUGACUUUGAAUUAUUUGUUCCUAAAUUUAUAUAAACUGGAGCCAUGGUAUUUCGGACAGCUGUGAAGCAUGCUAAGAAGCACCCGGGUCUCAUCCCUCAGUUCUUCUUCAUCUGUUUGGGAAUGGGCGGGGCAACUCUGUAUCUGCUACGGUUGGCAAGAGGACCCCAUGUUGUCUGGAACAAGACCAAAGACCCUGAGCCGUGGAAUAAACUUGACCCCACAUAUCAAUACAAGUUUGUGGCCAUCACCACAGACUACAAAAACCUCAAGAAGGAGGGACCUGACUUCUAAACCUCACUACUCAGAGUGGAAAUCACAGAAAAUCCUGAUCUGGACUAAGAUCCAUUCCCCUUCCCCUCCUCAUUGCAGCUGGAAGGUGAAACGGAUCCUAGCUCAGGAUCCUGAAGCAUCACUGGUGAUAAUCUGGUGAUAUUGCCAGUGUGACUGAGAGUGUCGGUGAAUAGAUCCUGAGGGAGCACACACUUAAAACAUAUGAAGGAGGCAUACGACACACACGAACACGCUUCCCUUGUGUCUAAACUGUCCUUGUCUUUGUUUGGCUCAUAUAUCGUAAACUAAGAACUUUAGAUUAUGUGAUGCUUCAUGUGUUUUAGAAAUUUGAAUGCAUUAAUUUGAGUGUUCCAGGCCUCUAUUGGUAAUAUAUUAUUUGUAAUGAAGGAGCUUAAACUUGCAAAUAUGCUGAUAUGCUUCUUUAAGCUUUCAUUUCUUGUGUCUGAAGGUUAAAUGCAACACAAUGUUGACUUCGUCUGCAGCUGGAAAGCUCAGGUUUCCUCAUAUAUUCUUCAAGUGUGACACUGGCCUGCAGCAUUGCAACUGAGACUCAAGUUAAUGUGACCUGGACUGCAUGAGUUUCAUCAUAACUGCCACAUGAUUGUAGGUUUAGCAGCCACUAAAUUCCACAAUGACUGUGUAAGUUAUGAAAAACAGCAGAGAUGCAUAAACUGAGUUGAAUUCUUUCAAUAAAUAAACUUUCUGAUUCA